CUGCUCUCACUGCUGCAAAAGAGGAAACAGGAGCACGGGCAGAGGGCUCUGACUUCCCACUGCUUCGUUGUGACAAGUUGGUGGCACUAAGCCCAAGGAAAAUCCCACUUGCACGUCUCAUUUUCUCACCAAAUUGCCAAAAGGGCUUUUUUUGGUUUUUAUUCUGCCUUCUCCUGUUGUCUCAGAUAUUCUAGAAGAGAAGCUUGUUCCCAAGUGCCGUUAGGGGCAGAGCUGUCAGAUGGACUUUGCCGAGGGGGAGCUGCCCACACACAGAAGCUGGGCACGGCUGCAGUGUCCCCGUCCCGCUGUGACCCUUGCACUGCUCCAGGUGGGAAUGACAACAAUGGAUGUGAGCCCCAGGAGCAGCACAGCUGCAAAGCACAGCCUGGCCAAGGCUCUCUACGACAACAAGGCCGAGAGUUGUGACGAGCUGGCGUUCCGCAGAGGGGACAUCCUGACGGUGCUGGAGCAGCACGUGCCGGGCAGCGAGGGCUGGUGGCGAUGCUCCCUGCACGGCCACCGCGGCCUGGCCCCCGCCAACCGCCUGCAGCUCCUGCCGCCGGGCCCGGCCCGCGGCCAGCACCCCACGGAGCCUCCAGCACCACACAACAUCUACCAGGUGCCCUCCGUGCCCUCUGCGCCCAAGGCCACGGCGCUGUCGGACACCUACGAGAAGAUGGAGGGCUGGGUUCAGCCGCCGGCCGUCCCUGCCCAGGCCGUGUACCAGGUGCCGGCCCUGGCGGCGCAGCUGCUCAGCGAGAGGACCAAGCGCUCCACGCACCAGCACCUGUUUACCCUCCCAAGAGCCUGCCGGGCUUCAGCCCCAAACAUCAGGGGUGAGGUGUACGAUGUCCCCUCCUCACAGCACCGUGGGUCCCUGCUCCCACAGAGUGCUGCCACCCCACCCAGCACACAGAAGGGCUCCGUGCUGGGCAGAUCCACUGAGAGUUUCCAGGCAGAGCAAAAGAAGCUUUACAACAUCCCAUCCAAGCCAGAAAAAGCAGGAGCUGGCAGCCAGAAGGACUCAGCAGCAGGCAAUUUAUAUGAUGUCCCUCCCAAAAGAGAACUCGAUGACUCAGAAAAUAAAUCUCAGAAGAAGUGCUGGGGCCAUUACAACACUUUGCCAAACCCUCGGAAGUCCGAAUGGAUUUACGAUAUUCCAGUAUCCCCUGAAAAUUCCGGGUUCAAACCAAACCCUCCUGGCCAGUGUGUGGAGAAGCAGGUGCUGUAUGACAUUCCCCCAGCCAGGUACAAGGCUCCAGCCACGGCCAGCGAAGCCAAGGUUGGAAAUGCGCAGUUGUACCACAUUCCACCGCCCCAGCGGAAAUUAACGCUUCCAGAAAUCCCCCUCUACGACGUUCCAUCCUCACGGGACGUGCUCCUCCUGCCACAGAACGGCAGCUCUGAGGUGCCCCCGAGUCUCCUGGCUGCCAAAGCUGAGAGUCAGAUCUCUGAGGAGAACGUUUAUGAUAUUCCCAAAGGUUUGCCCAGUGCUGGGCACUCCAAGAAAGAGAUGGAAAACAACAGUGACCAAGCACACGGUGCUUCUCCACAGCUCUCUGUGAACACCAAGUCAGAAAAUGACAGUUUGUGUGUCUCUAGUGUGGACAGCAGGAGCAGCACUCUGACCUCAUCCUCCAGCUGUUCUGCCGAGCCAUCUUCUACUCUGUCACCAUCAGCAGAGCCUCUCCAAGAAAUCAAACUGGAGCUGGAGACAGCCAUCGAGACCCUGACGCGGCUGCAGCACGGCGUGUCCAGCUCCAUCGCCAGCUUAAUGAUCUUUGUCAGCAGCAAGUGGAGAUUGCAGGAGCACCUGGAGAAAAGCCUGGAGGAGAUCCACAGAGCAGUGGACCACAUAAAGGUGUCAAUGGGAGAGUUCCUGGCUUUUGCUCAAGCCCUGAAGGGAAACGCCUCCAACCUCACGGAUAACAACCUGCAGGCCAGAAUUAAAAAACAGCUGGAAAUCCUCACAAACUCCUACAAAAUAUUGACAGAAACGAGGGAAGCUCUCAACAGCUGCAGCUGGUCCCUGGAGGCUUUGGUGCUCAGGAAGCCCCAGAACAAUCCUGAUGACCUGGAUCGCUUCGUUAUGGUGGCCCGGACAAUUCCAGACGAUAUCAAGAGGUUUGUGUCCAUCAUCAUCGCCAACGGGAAGCUGCUCUUCAGGAAGAACCAGAAGGAACAAGAAAAGAAGCAACCAAAAGUGAACCCAGAAUGCAAAAUAGCAAAACAAAUCCCAGUGCCAAGAAGAGUAGAAAUUGAGUCACUCCAGAGAAAUGCUGCUGAGAAAUCCAGCCAAAGCCAGGUCCCUAUGCAGAAACCAGGAGGAAAUUCCAGCGAGGAUUGUGAUUAUGUGCAGCUACAGGCACAGAAAGUCAUUUCAGGUAAAGAAGUAGCAAAGAAGAGUACAGAGUCAAACCCAAAGGUCCUGCCAUGCGCAAAAAAGACUGAAAAUCCCAGCAGGCAGGAGCCUGGCAGGAAAAUCCCUCUCCCAGAGCACUGCAGGCUGUGCUUCGCUGCCCUGCACAAAGCCAUCGGCGUCUUCACCGCCAGCCUCAGCAACCAGCAGCCCCCCGAAAUCUUCAUCUCCCACAGCAAACUCAUCAUCAUGGUGGGGCAGAAGCUGGUGGAUUCGCUGUGCCAGGAAACCCAGGAGAGGGAGGCCCGGAGCGACAUCCUGCACAGCAGCAGCCGCUUCUGCAGCCUCCUCAAGAACCUGGCCCUGGCCACCAAAACCGCAGCCCUCAAAUAUCCCAGCGCUGAGGCCACCAGGGAGCUGCGGGAGCAGACCGAGGAGCUGGCCAAAUACACCCAGCAGUUCAGGGCCAUGAUGGACUGAGGGACCUGCCACUGCUGCUGCUCCUCUUGGCACCACUUCACACUCAGAAUUCCCAGCAGGAAUUCCCUGGGUGCACUGGCAGCAGGGGAAGAUCCCCACUCUCAGAAUUCCCAGCAGGAAUUCCCUGGGUGCACUGGCAGCAGGGGAAGAUCCCCACUCUGAGAAUUCCCGGCAGGAAUUCCCUGGGUGCACUGGUGGCAGCAGGGGAAGAUCCCCACUCUCAGAAUUCCCACCAGGAAUUCCCUGGGUGCACUGGCAGCAGGGGAAGAUCCCCACUCUGAGAAUUCCCAGCAGGAAUUCCCUGGGUGCACUGGUGGCAGCAGGGGAAGAUCCCCACUCUGAGAAUUCCCAGCAGGAAUUCCCUGGGUGCACUGGUGGCAGCAGGAGAAGAUCCCCACUCUCAGAAUUCCCACCAGGAAUUCCCUGGGUGCACUGGUGGCAGCAGGGGAAGAUCCCCACUCUCAGAAUUCCCAGCAGGAAUUCCCUGGGUGCACUGACAGCAGGGGAAGAUCCCCACUCUGAGAAUUCCCACCAGGAAUUCCCUGGGUGCACUGGUGGCAGCAGGGGAAGAUCCCCACUCUCAGAAUUCCCAGCAGGAAUUCCCUGGGUGCACUGACAGCAGGGGAAGAUCCCCACUCUGAGAAUUCCCAGCAGGAAUUCCCUGGGUGCACUGGUGGCAGCAGGGGAAGAUCCCCACUCUCAGAAUUCCCAGCAGGAAUUCCCUGGGUGCAGUGGCAGCAGGGGAAGAUCCCCACUCUCAGAAUUCCAACCAGGAAUUCCCUGGGUGCACUGGUGGCAGGGGAAGAUCUCCACAGCAGCUGAUGCAGAAGAAUUAAAUCUGCACUUUCUUCUCCACAUCCUGCCUGGAAAUGUCAUCGUCACAGUGGCCGGGUGGGAAUGUUUGCUGUGUAUUGGAGCAAAAGUUGUUGAUUAUGGGACUGAUUUUUUACUUUUUUUUUUGUUCUCCAUGUAUGUCUGAUAAAUGUAUUUUCCUUUUUAAUUGUUUUUUUUUCUAUUCCUGUAAAGUCUCUCUUUAAAUGUAGCUGCACAAUGUUCUGUAACUUAUGAUAGCCCACUAUUGAUUGUGUCCUGAGGACUUUACUCAAAAUUUCUA